UGACCGAGCAUUGAACACUGUGACAGGAGGAAGCGCAGUUUGAAAACACGCUUGAACUUCAGCGCCGGAGCGGAGCUGACUUAACUCCCUGUCAUAGAUAGCGUUAUAUUAUUAUUAUUAUAUAUUAGCAGUCUGUCAUUAAAGUAACGAUGGAGAGGAGCGUGGGGACAGUUUCAGCGAUUAAAGCUUUAGGGUACCCUCGAGGCAGCUCCUGCCUCACGCGCUGCAGGUGCGAUGAGCUCCCCUGUCCUCUGCUCACCUGGCUGGCUGCAGAGCUGACCUCUGUCUGCCCGGAGCUGCAAGACUCUGACAGGACAGGUGACGUCUUGCUGGUAGGAGAGCUGAGAGAUUUACUGUCAAACAUGUUCUUUCCCGUCACUGUGCUGACCUCAGAGGUGAUGGGGCCGUCCAUCCUCAAUAAAGUCACUGAGUUCCUCGCAUCAGAACUGCAAGCAGCUCGCAUAAUCAAGCAUAAAGAGUUGCAUCCUGAGGAGGAGACGACGGAAGAAGAGUCUGAAAAAGAGCAGCGGGUUGAUGAUCCCAGCCAUGAACUGACGGAGGAAUUUGAAGAUGAUGAUCCUUCUGACAAAGGCCGAAGGCAGGCAGAGAUUCAGGCAGAAUGGAUAUUACUGCUGCAUGCCCUCGACAUGGACACCUCCUCUAAAUUUACAGAUGUGUUGAGUGAGGUGGAGAUGAGGCUUGCCCGUCUACCAUGUGGAGACAUGACAAACCCGCUUCUUAACAAGAGCCUCAGCACAGAGCAGUGGAUGGGAGUUAAAAAGAUCAACAAAAUUUUGUCAGAGGACUAUCAAUGUCGGCGACAGAUGAUGAUCAAACGCUUUCAGGUUACGCUCGAGUCAUUCGCAUGGGGAGAAAAACAAAAGGAGCGCAGUGAAGCACUGGCCUCAGUACCUCCUCUUUCAUCCCUCGCUGGCUCUACCCGAGUCUCCCCGUCUCUUCUGAUUGCUGCCAGAGAGGAUCAGUCUUUCAUUGAGCCUGUCAAAGCUGGAACAAGCACCCCCGUCUACAAGACGUUGAUGGGCAGCGUACCAGACAGAGGUGGACGGCCAGGUGAAAUUGAGCCACCUAUGCCAGAGUGGCAAGGUCGAAGUGCGAAAGGAAACCGAUCAGGACGAGGAGGCAGACACUAUCAACGGCGUAAUUCUUCCAAUAAAAAGAAUAAAGGGAAAAAAGAGUAACAGCUCUUUCUCUUUGGCUUUACAGUUUAAUUUGAGAUUAUGAUUUUUCUUUAUUUAAAUUAUGAAAUAAAAUAUGGCUGUGGAAGGCUACAUAUGAUAUAAUUUUAGAGUGGUGUACAAUGUGUGUAUAACGUUAUGUUAUAGGACAUACAAAUACCCGACUCAUUGCUAUAAUGUACUGGUAUAUGACCAGAUAUUUUUGUUGUAAAAAAAAAAAAACUUGAAAUAAACUAAUUUUUGGCUUUGCACAUUUUUAGGUUUGUUUACAAAAGAAUAAACCUAUUAAACACA